AUGCCUGUUAUAUCAAGACUGCCAUUUUCACGAAGUGAAAAUUCUCAUAAUAUAUUAAAACCCAAAGAAAUUGCUUGCUAUUCUAGAACAUCAGAUAGCAAAAUCAUAGUCGAUUCGGAUAAAAAUUUACGGUAUUAUUACUUUCCUGAUGAGCAAUUGGUUGAUCCAAUUAGUUUAGCUGCAGGUCGUGGAAACUUUGAAGAUAUUCGUUCUAAAAUUGAUGACGUUUGUUCCUUGCAUGGACUAUUACAAACAAUUCAAACUAUUGAGGAAAAAAAAAAUUCCAGACUGAAGGUCAAUAUAAUAACAUUUAGGGGGAUAUUUCGAAAGCUAAUAUCGGCAGCCUUUGAAGGAGGUAGUAGAUAUCAGGAGCCGUUGGAUUUAAGACUUGUUAUAUUCGAUGAACAGAUAUUUAUAAAAGAAGUUCCAAAAAGGGAAGGUGAUCGACAUAGUACUGUCGAUUUAAACACAUUUACUGGUUACAAAUUUGAAACACUAACCACUUUAGAGAAGCCAGUUAAUUUGUGUACGAGAGACGAAAUAGAAUCAAGGCCCUCACGGAUUGUCAAUAAUGGAGAUGAAUUUGUUACUGUUGUUGGGACUGGUAUAGGUUCAUGUCGAUUAGUGUUAGGCGCUGAAGUCGAUGGUAUAUUUGAUUUUAAAGAUGAAAACAAUAAAUGCAAGAAUAUCUCUCAUUAUGUCGAGUUAAAAUGCUCGAAAGAUAUACGUUCUGAAAGGGAUGCCAAUAAUUUUGCAAAUAAGUUAUUUAGAACUUGGCUACAAUGUUUUUUAGUAGGAAUAACAAGGAUAAUAUAUGGUUUUAGAGAUGAAAAUUAUAAAUUAAUAUCCGUUGAAGAAUAUUCAACUGAUAAUAUUAUUUCCAUGCUUGGAAAAUAUAACCCAAAACUUGCAGAAAACUGUUCUAGCGCUGUAGGAUGGUAUGGUAAGAUAACUGAGUGGUUGUUGACGAUACAAACCCGAUAUAGUCAGAAAGAAACACCAGAGAGUAUAAUACCAUUUAAAUUGACUGUUCACAAUCAGGAGUUGCAACUAAUUGAUAUUUCAACAGAAGACGAUGAGUAUGAUGCGAUAGUUAAUGGCGAAAGUGUUCUCUUUAAUGAAUUUAAAGAAUGGAGGCGAAAACUCCGUCAACAGAAUUUGUAA